UUCAACUUCAACUUCAGUUUAUUUAAAGUGCACAUCAGCCAGAUAGUCUCUGUACACUUAACAGGUCAAUAAAAGCAACAACAGAAAAAAAAAACGUGAUAGUACAUAUAAAAGUACACACACAUACACACACUCACACACACACUCACACACAUACUGGUAAUAACAUUAAUAUGACAACAAGGUUGAGGUUAGUAAUUUUAAAAACAGGGAUCAUAUAACUGUAACAGGGUUGUGGUAGCUACUUGUCAAAGAGGAAAACAGUCAGUGAUUUGAGUUCCCAGCCGAUGAAAUUAGCAGACAUCAUAGUAAACAGAAAAAAUAUGUGUUUUCAGCUUGGAUUUGACAGUAACAGAGCUUGCCUCCCGAAUGCGCAGUGAUAGAUUAUUCCACAGAAGUGGAGCUUGGUGGGCAAAGUCUCGACCUCCGAAAGAGUUCUUAUUAAAUUGAGGAACAGUUAAGUAACCGGCAUCAAGAGAACGUAAAGGACAUGAUGGAGUAUAUGGAGCAAUAAGGCUGGAGAUAUAUUAAGGACCAUUUUAGCCUAUAUAACUCUUAUGUGAAACUACAAAAUAUCUCGUCACUAAAUGUUUCUAUUUGUUUUGAAUAGAGCCUUGCACUAUUGAAAACUGGAACUAAGGGAAAACUGUGUCUGUCCUUACAAACCCACAAAUCCCUUGGUAGAAAAGGCAUGGCGGAAGCUCAAAUUGAAUAAUUUGACUUCCUUAAGGAAAGCUGAUAGGUUGUACUAUUCUGCUUGUUCUACUAUUGAUAACAUCAACCUUUCACACAUCAAAACAGAGAGAAAAUUGACACAGUAUUGAAUAAAUGGGAAAAGCUAUGUGUGAAAUUCAAAUGUAAUUCUUUGCUACAUUGUGCAUGGUUCCAUGGGAAAGGCAAACUCAAUUUUUAGGUGAAUAUUGGUGCUGCAACUUUAGCAGUACAUGCUAAAUUAAAUUGCCCUUUGUAGGAUUGAAAGGUGGCUAGAAAAAGGUGGUGACAAGUUUUCACAACAGGCUACUUCCAGCAGAGGCUCAGAGUUUCGAGGUACCAAUGUAUUCAGCCAUAAUUUGGUAAAACUAGUCGUUUUGAACAUAGAUGUUGGAGAGGUAGAUCGUCUUCCAAGGCAUUUCAAUAGAAAUUUGGAUGCUUUUUUUCAGUUGUGAAAUUUUGGCAACACUGGAAUCUAUCUUAACUGGAUCAAUUCAAGCUGAUCACAGCCUUUGUGAGGGAACAAACAACAGACUUUCAACAGCCACCUUUCGAGCAUAUAGGAGAUACAUGUUUACUGAAGAUAUUAUGAGAGGAGUCUCACUUUUAAAGCAUAACUUACUUGCAUUAUUUGAGCAUAACACCCCUCCCUCUCUCUGCUUCUUCUCUAGCCACUUCCAAUAUGAGCAACACACCCCUCCAGGAACCACCUGCCCAGGGAUUGUCCUCAGGCAGUGGGCAGACAUUACCCUCCCGACUGUUACAGCCCAUCUCUGAUCCCUCGGCUUCUAAAAGAGUAUGUUUCUACAAAAGCGGUGACAAUAAAUUCGGAGGGCAUCGCAUGGUCAUCAAUGCCCGCACCUUCAAGACAUUUGAUGCUCUACUAGACGCUCUGUCCAAAAAAGUGCCUCUGCCAUUUGGAGUGAGGACCAUCACCACACCUCGUGGGAUCCACCUUGUUAAAGGUUUAGAUGACUUACACGAUGGGGGAUCAUAUGUGUGUUCUGAUCAGAGACGGGUUAAGCCACUAAACCUGGAUGAAGUGAAUCGACGGCAGGUACCGUGGAAUACCACCAGACCCAUCAGCGCAGGGCGAAGAAAGCGCAAAGGACUCCAAUUUGGGAGAAGGAAUGAAGUCAUCAACAGGCCACCAAAGGUCAAUGAAAGGGUGACAGUAAGGACACCAAAGAAGCUUGUGGUCAUCAAAAAUAGGGAUCCCACUGUUAAACGCACAAUUGUGUUGCAGAGAAGAACAGCACCAACAUUUGAAGCUUUGCUGGAUUACCUCUCACAGGUCUUGCAGUUUCCAGUACUGAAACUCUACUCUGCAGAUGGCAGAAGAAUUGAUGGUCUCGCUGCACUUAUCUUGUGCAAUGGAGUCAUUGUGGCAGCGGGCAGUGAGCCAUUCAGAUUAACCAACUACAAUUUUCACAGCACGGGCCAGAUGGCACAGGCAAUGUACAUGGAUACUGUGGAAUCAUCUAUGUUGCAGCCUCAAGCUCAGAACAACAAAUCCUUCUCAAGUGGAAGAGGCUCAAGGAACUUCUCCUUAUCAUCAGAGCGAUAUAUCGUCAACCAGAUAAACAACUCUCGAAAUGGAAGCAGGAACAGCCACCUACAUCACCAUCGCGGAUCAUUUGAAACAGAGGUCAACCAGCGUCACACAUCCAUGGAGAGCUGUGGAAAUGCUAGGGUAGAAGAUGAGCAUCAUACUUGCAUUGUACCUCAGGAUGACGACAUUGAAAAGUCUUUCCGUGUGAAUCAAGAUGGCAGCAUGACCGUAGAGAUGAAAGUGCGUCUGACCAUCAAGGAGGAGGAGAUGCUCCACUGGACUACCACACUUAGCCGCUCCAGCCUUACUAAGAGGGCAGUUUUUGCCUCAGUUUCUGAGUCGGGCAACAGUUCACCUGACUCAAACAAUGCCGUUGCCAAAGACUCCUCUGGCGUCAGUGAAGAUGAAGCUAAAGAGGAGAACCACCCCGCUGUAACUGGAGAGGGCAUCAGCUUUAACAAUGAGCGAGUAUAUGAGGGCUACACUUCUACAGCCUUGAGGAAAGCAAAAACGAGUUUCAAACGCGCUCCUACGCCAGGUCCUCGACAUGUUAAGAAGAAUGCAUCUAUUGAGAGUGUGAAGAUGGUGACACAGUCAGGGGUCCAAGAGAGCACCCUGGGCCAUUAUUCCUACAUGGAGAGGACAGCUGAUGGAGAAGCAACUGAGGGAUACUGCAUGGUGAGACACACCAGCAGCAGCAGCAACCGGCCGGUCCCAAAGCCUCGGAAAACAGCAUCUGCGGGGGCAAGCAAAAAAAGCUCCCACUCCUCAAUCAGGUCGUCAGGGGUAGCUGAAGUCCUUCAGAUACAAAAUAACGGAAUGGAAGUUAGAGAGACUGUGAUGCAUAUUUAUGAGAGUCAAGGCUGCUACAACAACUACUUUGCAAAUGAGGAAUAUAGCGCAGAUGGCGUACCUUUGCCUGGUCCCUCUUCAGCGCCAGAUAGCAAGCCGUCCACUGACUCAGGGCCUCGUUCAUCCAGCAAUGAUUGUGAUAUCGAUUUUAGCUGGCAGCCACCCACGGCUGACUCACUACAAAGACUGAAAGAGGAGAUGCUAUCGUUGUCAUCAGAACCAGUAUCUCCGACACAAGCAAUUCCCAACAAUCUGUCUUCAGUAUCUGAGAAUGAAACUCAAAGGGCAACAAACUCUCAAAUUGCAAGUGAGAAGAAAAAGGUGAUAAAGACUUCAAGGAAGCAGAAGAGUUCACCUUCAACAAGUAACUCAGAUAAAAAGCGGAAGGAAAUUAUAGUAAGCUCCUCAAAGAACAGCAAACUUUCAUCCACUGGCAAGAUCAGCAGCAAUGCCAGUGUGGGAAAAAAGAGUUUGAGUUCAUUAGAAAGUGCUAAAAGCAGUCAAAAGAGUAAAGCAGCAGAAAAGCCUGAAUUGAAGAAAUCAAUUAAGGAUGAAAAGUCACCCAGGAAGGACUCAGCUUUGUCAGUUAGCUCUGAAAAUAUGAAAAGGACCCCACCCAAGAAGCAAACAUUAAAUAAAACAGCUGCUAAGGAUAAUGGCCAUAAUGUAAAUACUCCAACUGGAAGGCCUCAAAUGAAAAAGAACAUGUCAGACAUAUUACAACCCAAAAAAUCACUUUUACCGGGCAGACAGAAGAUGAGCAAACCCAAAUCCAUGAUUGAAAACAGGAUACUAUUACCUAAAAAAUCUUUAGAGUUGAGCGAGAGUGUUUCGAUGCCUUCUCUCAAUCCUUCACCCUCUGAAAUCCACCAAUAUGUUGAGAACUGGUUAGAGAAAGUCAGCCCAGACCAAGUGCCAUAUAUGGAUGAGGCAGACGAAUCAGAACCUCAGGCAAAGGUUGUGUUUAAGAUAGGUGGUGAUUCUGAAUCGGAGGACAAGAGUGACUGCCAGCCUAAUCCAGAAGAAUAUUAUCCAUCACCUGGUGAUGCUAUCAAGAAAUCUGUUUCUUGUUUAUCAGUUCCUUUUAGCCAUGAAGGGCCAGCAACAGCUCUGCUUCACAAUGAUCAGAAAGUGAGAGGUUUAUGUGUUUCAAUGCCAAGUGUCAGAGUCGAACCUGCGCAGUACGAGAACAGACUGAGGUCACACAAAUCUGUAGAGACCAUUGGCCCAGUUGAGAAUAUAUCAUCUUCAUCUACAUCCAACAUUUUAAGUCCAAAAGCAAGGAUAAAGCCUGUCCUGCGGCAAAUUUGUUCAUCCAUUCAGUGCAUCAGAUCAAUACCUGACAACAGCAAGACAUCAAAUCUUGAGAAGUCCAACAGCCUUCCUGAUUUCUCAUCACAAGUGGCUUCAGUGUUUGGCUCGUCAUGCAAAGCCCUCCUGUCAUUCUUGUCAGUGAUGACUCUGAGGGAUAACCUAACAGGUCCUGCACCAAGUGAUGGUAACGGGUCGAGAAGCAGCUCCGAGGCCAUGCUGAUGUUGGAGUCCCUGCAGAAAAUUUCCACCAUCGACAACCAGGAAGAGCUGAGGGAAAGUCUGACGGACUUGGAAAGCAAAGCGUCUUCUCAUUUCAGAGAACGCUGGAAGGAUUUCCAGAUUCAAAGGGAAAGGCUAGAAAGUGAUCCUCUUUCUCCCAAAUUUUCAGAAACAGAGUUUGCCCUAGAUGUUGUAUCCGAAGGGGGUGAUGUAUUUGAGGAUCAGCACAUGGGAAUAGACGAGCUUAUGGAGGAGCUGAACAUGCCGCAAGACCUCAGAGCAGAGAUUUCUUCAACAAUCCAACAAGCUAGAAGUUUUUACCCUGUAGAGGAGAGCACUUUUGUAGAUACUGAAAAAAACCACUCAGACUCAGAGGAAGAUGUGGAACAAUUUGUUCAAGAAUGCAAACAGUUGCCAGAUCCUGAAAGUACUUGCAUGGCUGAGAACAUAACUGAGACAAAACAGGGCAAUGAUGAAGACCCCUCACACGCUGGAGAGGUAGAUGACUUAAACGAAAUGCAAAACAUGUGUUAUGAACAGGCAAAGAUGAUGACUGAGUCAGAGCAAGAACUCGAUCAAGUUAAGGAAACAGACCUUGAUGUAAAAGAAUCAGAUGUAUCACAGCCAGAGAGAGACGAGGAAAAUGAGAGGGAAAGAAAGGAAGAAGAAGACCAAAUUGAGGAGGAAGUAGAGGAGGAUAGGGAGGCAGUGAAAGACAUGAAAGAGAUAGAUGAUGAUGGUGGUGGUGGAGAGACUGAAAAUGAAGAAAGAGAAAGAGAGGAAGAAGUAGAAGAGGAGGCACUGAGGGAAGAUGAUGAGGGACAGGAAGCAGAAGGGUGUGGAGAGGUAUCUGUUGAGAAAGAAGAGGAAGGGAUGGAGGAAGAAAUGACAGUUGAUGAAGAAGAGGGGCAGGAGAAAUUAGAAAAAGUAGAGACAGAGGAUGGAUUCAUGGAUGAGGAAGAUGAGGAAGCAAGAGACUAUGAUAAUGUUGCAGAGACUGAUGAGAGAGAUAGUGUUGAGGAGAAAGAAGAGGAGGAGAAUUGGAAGGAUGAGGAUGAAGAGGAGGUGGAUGAGGUAGAUGAGGAAAUGAAAGGGGAGGAUCUGAGUAAGAAGAAUGAAGAUGAAGAAGAGGUUAUUGAGGAGACAGAUGAGGAAAAGGAAGCAGAAAAUAACAUUGAAGAGGUGGAAGAGGAGGAAGAGGGGGAGGAUGUAGAGGAAGAAGCUGAGGAGGUUAUUGAGGAGAGGGAUGAAGAAGAAGAAAAUAUUGAAGGGGUGGAGGAGGAAGAGGAGGCGGGUGAAGAAGAAGAAGUUGAGGAUGUAAAUGAGGAGAGGGAUGAUGAAGGAGAAAAUGUAGAGGAAGAGGCUGAUGAGGUUAUUGAGGAGAGGGAUGAAGAAGAAGAAAAUAUUGAAGGGGUGGAGGAGGAGGAAGAGGAGGAAGGUAAAGAAGAAGAAGCUGAGGAGGUUACUGAUGAGAGGGGUGAAGAAGUAGAAAAUAUUGAAGGAGCAGAGGAGGAGGAAGAGGAAGAGGGGGAGGGUAAAGAAGAUGAAGCUGAGGUUAUUGUGGAGUGGGAUGAUGAAGUAGAAAAUAUUGAAGAAGUGGAGGAGGAGAGAGAGGGGGAGGAUGUAGAGGAAGAGGCUGAGGAGGUUAUUGAGGAGAAAGAUGAAGAAGUAGAAAAUAUUAUUGACGGGGUGGAGGAGGAGGAAGAGGAAGAGGAGGAGGGUAAAGAAGAAGAAGCUGAGGAUGUUAAUGAGGAGAGGGAUGAUGAAGUAGAAGAUAUUGAAGAAGUGGAGGACGAGGAAGAGGGGGAAGAUGUAGAAGAAGAAGCUGAGGAUGUUAAUGAGGAGAGGGAUGAAGUAGAAAAUAUUGAAGAAGUGGAGGAGGAGGAAGAGGGGGAAGAUGUAGAGGAAGAAGCUGAGGAUGUUAAUGAGGAGAGGGAUGAAGUAGAAAAUAUUGAAGAAGUGGAGGAGGAGGAAGAGGGGGAGGAUCUAGAGGAAGAGGCUGAGGAGGUUAUUGAGGAAAGAGAUGAUGAAGAAGAAAAUAUUGAAGAAGUGGAAGAAGAGGAAGAGGAUGUAGAGGAAGAGGCUGAGGAGGUUACUGACGAGAGGCGUGAGGUAGAAAAUAUUACUGAGGAUGUGGAGGAGGAGGAUGCAGAAGAAGUAGAGGAGAAGGAUGAGGAAGAUAAAGAGGAGACUAUUGAGGGAAAAGAUGAGGAAGUGGUGGUUAGUGAAGAAAAUGAGGAGGAGGAGGAGAAAGAACAGGAAGAGGAGGAGGAGGAGGAGGAAGGUGAGGUUGUUGUGCUUGAAACUAUAGAAGAAAUCAUGAUCAGAGAUGAGGAAGAGGAAAAAGCAGAAUUUGACAAGGAUAUAGAAGAGGAAGAAAUGCGGGAAGAGAGUGAUUGGAGCAAGGAAGAGCUGGAGAAAACGAGUCUGGAAGAAGAAUCAAUAGAAGAGAAAGAAAUCGUAGAGGAAAUUGAAUUUGAAGAAGAUAUGGAAUUAGGUCAGAUGUUAGGUGAAGAGGAGAGGGAAGAUGAUGAAGAAAGUGAAAGUAAUGAGUUAAAUGAGGGAUGUGACAGAGAAUCAAAUGAAGAGGAGGAAGAACAAAAUAUUAGGGAUGAUGUAGACGGCAUCGGUGAUGAUCCGGUUUGUAAAAGCCUACUAGAUGAGGCCUCAUAUUUGAGGCAGCACAGGAGUAGUUGUGAGGAAGAUCAAGCAAACUACGAGGAAGCAAAUACAGAUAUUAAGGAAGGACAUAGCACCGAAUCACCAACCAAAUAUUCCACUGAGGGUCAGUGUGAGGAUGAAAAAGGUAACGGAACUGACACAGUUAAUGAAGUUGAAACAGAUGAGGGAGGGGAGCGUCACGACGAAAGAAGCGGCGGCCUACCCCACCCAGUGGAGAUAUCACAGGAAUUACUUGACUUUGUUAAUUCUGCCCUCCAGUCUUCUUCACUCAUAUUCAUUUAUGAUGAUCGAGGUCACAUCAGGAUAGAGCCGGAUAAUGCUCGAGUUGCGCAAACAAACCAAGUUGUAGGCCUAAUUCCCAAAAGCAACAAUGAUAGCUCGUACGGCUUAAAACGUCUACCGAGCCCGAGCACCUCAGAUUUAUCUGACUACAGACCAGAAACGUCGGAGAGCGGUGGAUAUAAAACUCAGGAGUCUGUAGAUAUUAUUUCAGAGAGUGGUGAGGAGACUUCAGAGAGACCUCCUCCAGUCUACAGACAUUCAGUACACAGGACUGAGAAAGCAAACGUGGAGCGGGCUAAGUCCUCCAACUCCAAACUGUCCGUGGCAAGUAAGUCAGAAGUCUUGCAAAGUUCCCGAUUGAAAAGUGGAGGGAGUUUCUCUUCCCGUGAUUCGGGCACUAAAGCCUCAAGGGAAGAUCUGUCUUAUUUCAGCGCUAGCGCUGCAAGCUCAUUAAAGGCUGAUGCCGAAGCUGCUACAGAGGCCGCACAGUGCAUUUCUUUUGGCUCAGACAAAGACUCAAACGAUGGGGUCUUGAUUGACAAAGGUAGAUGGCUGCUCAAAGAGAACCACCUCAUUAGAAAAUCUCCUCCAAUCUCACUAGGAAUGUACGGUAAUUUGGAUAGUACGUCCAUUGACACAGGCCAAGAGAACACUAGCGAGGAUGUCCCGCCUCAUUAUAAAAUCCAGAACAACCCCCUCGCAGCCAUAUCUUCAUCAGAGCUUGAGGAAAUGGCUAAACCUCCAACUCCAAAGUGCACCUACUACAACAUGCCACAUGGAAGCGAUUCAGACCCCUUUCUGGACGACGUCAGUCUUAAAAGUGGGAAAAGAGAUUCAAGCAGUAUUAAAGGGAGAGGUUUCAGGGUAUCACCUACUAUUGACACAUCCAAAACUUGGGCAAAUAAAAAUGGUAGCCUCUCUUCAUUUGCAUCAGUUGAGUUUAAACUACCAGACAGAAAAGUGCAUCCUGAGGGGGAGUCCUCGGUUGUUACACAGGCAAGAAGGACAUCUAGUGGAGGAGGAGCUGUACUGCAAUCACAAGACUCCCUGGAUACACUGCAUGUGAGAUGUGGCCAAUACUGUCCAAUUUUAUGAAAGCAGGUUCAUUAUAUAUCACAGAAAUAUUCACAUAUGCUGGGCCUGGGUGUCAUGGCUACAAUUAUUUAACUGUAAUACAGAUAGAAAUGUUUUGUGAUUAGUCAAAUAAUCAUGAACAAGAACAUAUUUGCAGCCCCACCAGUUUUCCAAACGUGUGGUGACUGAAGAGAGUUGUGCCUCUUAUUCUUGCUUGAAUACAGUAAAAAAUGUAAGUUUACAGACAUUAAAUUCAAAGCUGUCUGUUCUGAUGUAAUUAUAAAAUAACAAAUUGAAUAUAAGGAUAUUUGCUAAUAAGAACACCUUUUUUUACUGAUUCAAUGCUCCUGAUUGUAUAUCAUUGUAUCAUGUAUCAUUACAAAUACCACAAGGUAUCAAUUUCUUAUUGAAUAUAAUGCAAUACAUCAGAGAAAUGACUGUAUCUGCCAAAGAAAGCAGAGUUUGUUGCUUGUUUGGGUUCUACCAGAAUGUGCAAUGCACGUACAGUGAAUGCUACUUCUUAAAGCAGCUGUUGAUAUAUAGUAUUCACUUUUCAGAGUUUGAAAGAGGGAAUGUCAAUUAAGAACUUAUUAUGAAUUGAGACCUGAUUAGCCUGUGAAAUAAUAUCAAUAAAUUAAUUAAA